AAUUCGGGUAUUAUCUUCAAUUCUUUCAUUCUCGGCUGUUCUUUCGCCGUUAUUGGUCUCUGUCGAUCAUCCAAUCUACUAAUUUCGACUUGGAUUUGUCUGAUCUUCAUUUGAUUUCUCAAUUUCAUUUAUGUUUUGUAGUUGAUUUGGGUUGUUGAAUCUGCACAGUGAAUUUGUAUAGAAAGGUUUUAUUGAAUAAGAGUACGAAAGUCUGGUUCUUUAAAAUCUGGUUGAUCAAUGGCAGCUCUUGUGCCUCCAGGGGCACUUCGGCCCAAUGAAAGCAAUAGCAAUCAAGCUCCACCACCACCGGCUAAUUACUACCCUAAUUCUCAGCCAAAUCCUGGUUCUUUAGCUGAUAAUUUUCAAAAUAUGAAUCUCAAUCGACCUCCUUCAAUGCCCAAUUCAUUCCCUAGGCCCCCAUUUGGCCAAUCACCACCUUUUCCUUCGUCAGCACCCCCACCAACUGGAAUAUCUGGUGCCCCACCUCCAUUUUCACGGCCAGGUCCACCAUCAUCUUCAAUUGCCCGACCUAAUUUGCCUUCAUCGGGGCCUCCACCAUCUGCAUUACCUCCCAACAUGACUCCAAUGAGACCUAGUGGGCCGCCUGUUGGACAACCGUCUCCAUUAGUAUCUAGGCCAACUCCUCCAGGUGUUGGGGCUACUGCCCAACCUGCUUAUAGGCCACCUUCCAGUGGUUCAGUUAUGCCUCCACUUGGUUCACGUCCAAGUGGAACCUUGCCCCCUUCUGUUAGCAACCCAAGCAUGCCUCCACCAAGUGCUCGGGGUGGUGCAUUGAGUAAUGGCCCUCCAGCAUUCGCGCAGACCAAUUUUCCCAGUGGGCCACGUUUUCCUCCAGCAGCCAAUGCACCACAAGGUCCUCCACCAAUGGGAGCAUCUGUUCAGACUCCAUAUAUGCAUUCUGUUCCAGGUGGCCCUGGAUUUUUGCCUCCAUCAGGUCCUCCCGGGCAAGCAGCACCACCAUUUCCAUUGGCAACUCAAGGAGUACCGCCACCUUCAGGUUCCCCAUUUGGGCCGCCAACAUGGCCAAUGCAACCUGGUCAGGCGGCAGCUCCUCCACCUAUUACUGGUCAAUUGCAGCCACCUAGAAUGUUUGGGAUGCCUCCACAUACACCUAACCAAUCCAUGACUACUAUCUCACCUGCUAUUGGUCAAACUGGAUCUCCGGCAGCCACACAAUCAAAAAUUGAUCCAAAUCAGAUUCCAAGGCCCGUUCCAAAUUCAUCAGUCAUCCUGUUUGACACUCGUCAAGGCAACCAGGCCAGUCUGCCCCCGCUUGCAUCAAGUGAGUAUAUUGUGAGAGACACUGGGAAUUGCAGUCCACGUUUUAUGAGGUGCACCAUUGGUCAGAUCCCGUGCACUGCUGAUCUUUUGAAUACAUCAGCCAUGCAGUUGGCUUUGCUAGUCCAACCAUUUGCUCUUCUACAUCCUUCUGAGGAGCCCAUUCAAGUUGUGGAUUUUGGGGAAAGUGGGCCAGUCCGAUGUUCUCGCUGCAAAGGCUAUAUUAAUCCUUUUAUGAAGUUCAUUGAUCAGGGAAGACGAUUUGUCUGUAACUUAUGUGGCUUUACUGAUGAGACUCCUCGUGAAUACCACUGUAAUCUUGGUCCAGAUGGUAGAAGACGAGAUGCUGAUGAAAGGCCCGAACUGUGUAGAGGAACAGUAGAAUUUGUUGCUUCUAAGGAAUACAUGGUGCGUGAUCCAAUGCCAGCUGUUUAUUUUUUCCUCAUUGAUGUAUCCAUGAAUGCCGUACAGACUGGUGCCACUGCUGCAGCGUGCAGUGCAAUUAGUCAAGUUAUUUCUGAUCUUCCUGAAGGUCCUCGUACAUUCGUCGGGAUUGCAACAUUUGACUCAACAAUUCACUUUUACAAUCUGAAACGUGCACUACAACAGCCUUUGAUGCUCAUAGUCCCUGAUGUACAAGAUGUAUAUACUCCUCUGGAGUCUGAUGUUAUUGUUCAACUAUCAGAGUGCCGUCAACAUUUGGAGUUGUUGCUUGAGAGUAUUCCAACGAUGUUUCAGAGUAAUAGAACCACCGAGUCAGCCUUUGGUGCUGCAAUCAAAGCAGCUUUCUUGGCAAUGAAAAAUACUGGAGGCAAAAUCUUGGUAUUCCAGUCAGUCUUGCCAUCAAUUGGCAUUGGAGCACUUUCUUCCAGGGAGGCUGAAGGAAGAACAAAUAUUUCUUCUGGGGACAAGGAGGCUCAUAAAUUACUUCAGCCAGCUGACAUGACUUACAAAACAAUGGCAAUUGAACUGGCUGAGUAUCAGGUCUGUGUUGAUGUGUUUCUCACUACCCAGAAUUAUGUUGAUAUUGCUUCUAUUUCUGACAUUGCAAGGACUACUGGGGGGCAGGUUUAUUAUUAUUACCCCUUCUCGGUUCUUUCUGAUCCAGCCAAGCUCUAUAAUGAUCUUAGAUGGAAUAUCACAAGGCCUCAAGGUUUUGAGGCUGUGAUGCGUGUUAGAUGCAGCCAGGGAAUUCAAGUACAAGAGUACCAUGGGAAUUUUUGCAAACGGAUCCCUACAGAUGUUGACUUGCCUGGGAUUGAUUGUGACAAGACUAUAAUGGUAACUUUAAAACAUGAUGACAAGUUACAAGAUGGCUCAGAAUGUGCUUUCCAGUGUGCACUACUCUACACUACAGUAUUUGGUCAGCGGAGAAUUCGUGUCUCCACUUUAUCUCUACCUUGCACUAGUAUGCUGAAUAACCUCUUCCGAUCAGCUGACUUGGACUCUCAGUUCGCAUGUUUUCUCAAGCAAGCGGCCGCUGAAGUUCCUUCAUCCCCAGUAUUGCAAAUCCGGGAGCGUAUGACAAAUCUGUGUGUCAAUGUUUUGCUUUCAUAUCGCAAGUAUUGUGCAACAGUAUCAUCAUCUGGACAGCUCAUUCUUCCGGAGGCACUAAAGCUACUGCCACUCUAUACCAUUGCAUUAACAAAAAGUACUGGUUUGAGAACUGAUGGAAGGAUCGAUGAUCGAUCUUUUUGGGUCAACCACGUUUCGUCCCUUCCAAUUCCUCUGGCUGUACCUUUGGUAUAUCCUAGAAUGUUGUCUAUACAUAACCUUACAGAGGAUGGCGAUUCGACUCCGGGUACUCCAAUUCCUCUUUCGAGUGAGCACGUGAGUGACGAGGGAAUUUAUCUUCUUGAGAAUGGUGAAGAUUGUUUAGUAUAUAUUGGGAACUUGGUUGAUAGAGACCUGUUGCAGCAGUUAUUUGGCAUUUCCUCGGUUGAUGAAAUUCCUGCUCAGUUUGUAUUGCAGCAGUAUGACAAUCCUCUGUCUAAGAAGCUCAAUGAUUUGAUGAAUGAGAUACGACGUCAAAGAUGUUCCUACCUACGCUUGAGGUUGUGCAAGAAAGGAGACCAGUCAGGGAUGCUAUUCUUUUCGAAUAUGAUUGAAGAUAAAAGUUCCCAUGGCCCUUCCUACAUCGAGUUUCUUGUUCAUGUUCACCGACAAAUUCAGAUAAAAAUGUCUUCUUCAUAAUCUUACACUUCAGAGGAACUUCUUACCAAGAAACUAGAGUCGCGUGAGAAAAUGGAAACGAAAUUCCCGGUACGAACGACAUUGAUCGACAGUCCCAUUCAUCUUCGAGUAGUUAGAUGAGUGAAUUUUGAUGGGUAAUUGUUGCUAAAUUAUUAAGUUUAAUGGAAGAUUUUGGUAGUGAACACAAUCAACACAGUUUCUUGUUAAAUUUAUUGUUGUUUUCGCAACAUUCUUUUUCCCUUUUCGACUCGAAACAUCCUCUUAUCUCUCAACAGUCAACAUGCUGCCUGGACGACAGAAAUUGUCAAAGAACAUAUAAAAUGUGUGAUAGAUUAAUGACUA